UGAUGCUGUUUACCGCUGUCCGACUGCGAGCUGUCAGCCACGUCACCUCCUCUGAAACAACUUUCUUUUCACAUCACUGCAGACACAGCUGAGUUUAUGAGUGGAGUCAGUAGACAUUUUAUCUAGGGUAGUUACAUGCUUUUAGCAGUCGGACAGACUUGGGGUUCACCGUGCAGCCGUUAGCUUCUGUUUAGCUUUUUUUUUUUAAUCUCGCUUGUCGUUGUUUUACAUUCGCUUUGCUUGCACGUUUGCACUUUUUUGUGGCUUAACAACUCCGCACUGUCUCUGGAGGACGUGUAGGCCUGCACGGAGUUGUAUUCACGUUGUGUUAUCAAAGAACACAAACAACAUGAAUAUCUUUCGUCUGGCUGGUGACGUGUCACAUCUCGUGGCUAUCAUUAUCCUGUUACUGAAGAUAUGGAGGUCCAAAUCCUGUGCUGGAAUCUCUGGGAAGUCUCAGGUGCUGUUUGCACUUGUCUUCACCACCAGGUAUCUUGACUUGUUCACAGUCUACAUCUCUGCUUACAACACAGUCAUGAAGGUGGUGUUCCUGGCUAUGUCCUAUGCUACCGUGUACCUGAUCUACAUGCGCUUCAGGAACACAGAUAACUCUGAGAACGACACGUUCCGCGUGGAGUUCCUGUUGGUGCCAGUCAUCGGGCUGUCCUUCCUAGAAAACUAUGCUUUCACCCCAAUGGAGAUCAUGUGGACCUUCUCCAUUUUCCUGGAGGCCGUGGCCAUAAUGCCGCAGCUCUUCAUGAUCACCAAGACCGGCGAGGCCGAGUCCAUCACCACCCACUACCUGUUCUUCCUCGGCCUCUACCGAGCCCUCUACAUAGCCAACUGGGUGUGGCGUUACCACACCGAGGGCUUCUUCGACCACAUUGCCGUGGUGUCCGGCGUCGUGCAGACCAUUUUCUACUGCGAUUUCUUCUACCUUUACGUCACAAGAGUGCUUCGAGGAAGAGGAAAGAUGGGCCUGCCGAUGCCCAUUUAAAACAGACGUCUGUGCCAUUCAGCCACCCCUCUGUGCCUGCUACAGCUCAGCAUCUGAACACAGACCUUGCCGUUCAACUGUACAUGUUUAGCGAUGGGACUAAUGGUCUGACAUCAUUCUGUAGACCCAAAUGUGUGCAUCUCUAGAGAUUGAUCUUCUGUGUGAUUGAUACUUUGUGUGUGAGCCUGUAUGUCUGCAAGUGCGUGUAUGCAUAUAUGUGCAUACAUUACACUGAUGUAUGUUUUUUUGUUUUUCUUUAUAAGAUGCAAAUGUGACACUGGAGAUGUGUCCCCGAUGUGCACGUGGAACUUAAAUUAAGGCAAGUGAUAUAGACACUGUGUAUUUGUCUUCACUUUCCCUUUUAAGGUCCAAGAGAGACGUUGGCUCUGGAGACUGGUACAAUGUUGAAUCCACACAAUUGUAAAUCAGGUAGAUCGUCUGUCUGUAGCUUCAGAUCCAGUGUUUCCUGCGUUAAAGCUGUAAGAGUUUCCAAAGUUACACGUCAAAGCUUUCUACAUUUUAGUCAACAUUUUACAAUCUCAGUCUUCUCUGAUCAUUAAUAGGAGUGCCAUAUAUUCCAGUACAUCUUCCACAAAGUGUCUUCCUUUUUGUUUAUGUAAUGUUAGACACUCCCUGAGUAGUUUACUGUAUUAUAUGCAAACAACUUUACUUAUUCCUAAGUAUGUUCCAUUUUGUAUUUCCACUUAAUCCUCGUUUUUCAUAUUUCAAUGUAUUUCUUCAUAGGAGAAAAAAGGGCUAAACAUUUCAUCAUGUCUUUAAAUGAAAUGACGCCAAAGAUAAAA